AUGAAUCCUAAAAGUUAUGAGGCUCGUAGUCGAGAUGACAAACCAUUUGAAGGAAUGAUAAUCUCCAGUUCAGAGUUUUUAGAUAAUUUGAAUAGUAGAAGUGCGUGUCCUCGCUGUAACAAAUCUCGUAUGUAUUUCUGCUAUACGUGUUACAUUCCGGUACCCUCUAUUCAGGGUAAAAUUCCACAGUGUAAGCUCCCUGUCAAAGUUGAUAUUAUCAAACACCAACGAGAAAUCGAUGGGAAAAGUACAUCAGCACAUGCAGCAGUUUUAGCUCCUUAUGAUGUUAGUAUUUACACAUAUCCUGAUGUACCAGAAUAUACUCUAGAUGGCAGAACAGUUCUUUUGUUCCCAGGAGUGUCAGCUAGGACUGUCAAAGAAUUAUUUACAGGGAAAAAGGAAGGUCCAACCUAUUCUGAUCUUUUACUAGCAGAAUUGCCCUCUGGGUACAAUGUUUGUACAAUGAUGACAAAAAUAUUUAAUUCUGAUGAAAUUGAUGAAAUUCAUCAUGUUCAUAAAUUACCUGUUGAUAGAGUAGUUCUGAUUGAUAGUACUUGGAACCAAAGUAAAGGUAUUUAUGCUGAUGAACGAAUACGAAAGAUACCCACAAUAGUGCUACAGCGUAGAGCUUCACAAUUUUGGCGCCAUCAACGCGGAAGUCCUAGAUGGUAUCUUUCAACUAUUGAAGCUUUACAUCAACUGUUACUGGAGUUACAUGUAUGUGCAUGGGGUAGGGGUAAAAACUAUGAGUCAACACUGACAAUUCAUUCUCCUAUACAUAAGGCAGAAGAGGACCAUCCUCAGUGUCAACCUUACACAGGACAAUAUGAUAACUUGCUAUUUUUCUUCAAAUUUAUGUAUGAAAAAUUACAUAGUCUUUAUAAGCAUGAUGAUUUAUUAGCAUAUAAGAGACCUAUGACAUAG